UCUCGGUAUUCUUGUCGUAUGCGGUCUACCGCACACUUGUCAUCUACCACACAUGUUCCUAUAAGUCACAUGCGGUCUACCACACGUCCACACACUUUUUAUCUACUUAUGAUUAUUUUCAAUGAUUCGACGGCAAUGACGAUUAAGUUUUAUCUUAACGAUGUGAUUUCUAUAUCAAUAAUAAAAUACCUGCUAUAAUAAAACUUGGGUCCUGCCAAAAUCGUGACUGUAGUCGUAUACGUAAAAGAUAAUCAUUUCAGUUUGUGCUGUAAUACCUACGUGAUCAGUUUUUCUUCAUUUUAUUUACUGCACUUUUUAAAAUUAUGUUAGCCAAACAUUUCAAUGUAAUUAUCCAAUCAGAGGAAAAUACCAUAGCUUUUUUAAAGGAAAAAGAACUUAUUGAAACCGAUAAUCAUCCUUGUGUACACUGUGGUUCGCUAACCAAAUAUUAUACUCGCAAAGAACGGGGAAAAGAACGAAUUGUGAUACGAUGCACUAAGAAAGGUUGCCAAAGAACUCAAUCCGUCCGUAAAGGUAACACUUUUUUCACAUACAAAGAUAAAAAUGGUCGAUGUAAUAGUGGGUUAUCGUUGUCCGAUAUUUUAGAGUUAGCUUAUUAUUGGUGUCUUGAAAUACCACAAAAUACCAUAAUUAAAUUAACAGGACGAGGAAGUCACACAGUGCACGACUGGAUGAAUUUAUGUCGUGACAUACCGGUAGCUGCUUUUGAAAAAAGAAGGAAAAUGGGAGGUACAAAUACUAUUGUUCAAGUCGAUGAAUCUUUAAUGCGUGGUAAAAGAAAGUACAACAGAGGACGAUUAUUAGGGGCUGAUAUUGCUACUGAAAAUGUGGAUGUAAACGAGGUGAGCGACGAAGAGGAACCCGAUUUUAGUAAUAGAAAUUAUGGAAAAAAACUUACUGGUCCAUGGGUGUUUGGAAUGUGUCAAAAAGACGAAAAUGGUGUUAUCGAGGCAAGAUACUUUGUUGUAGAAAAAAGAGACAGGCAGACACUGCAUGAAAUAAUUCAAAAUGAAAUUGAAAUUGGUACAGAAAUACACUCAGAUGAAUGGCUUGCAUACAAGACAUUAGAAACUAAAGGGUAUUUACAUAAAACCGUUAACCAUUCCCAAUUUUUUGUCGAUCCUAUCAAUGGUGCACACACACAGCGCAUAGAAAGUUUAUGGGGAGGUUUAAAACUUCGAAUCGUAAAAAAAAUGCAUGGUACAUCACCAUUAUUGCUGCCCUCGUAUUUAGCGGAACAAUGGUGGCGUCUAAGAAACAGCAAUGAUGAUAUAUUUGAAUGUUUUUUAAGAGACGUAAAGUUAUAUUGUACCUAAUUUAAAUAAUAAAAAUGUAGAUUAUUUAGACAUAGUAUAGUAUUUUUUGAUUCUUAUACAUAUUGACAUAUUAUAUUAUUUUAUUUGUUUUUAUAAUUAUUAUUCGAUUUGCAUACAUAGUGACAUACUGUAUUAUUUUAUUUGUUUUUAUAAUUAUUAUUCGAUUUGCAUACAUAGUGACAUACUGUAUUAUUUUAUUUGUUUUUAUAGUUAUUAUUCGAUUUGCAUACAUAGUGACAUACUGUAUUACCUAUUUUAUUUGUUGUUAUAAUUAUUAUUCGCUUUAGAUGAUUAUUUUAUAUUUCGAUUAUUUUUGACGUGUAUUAUUUUAUUUAAUUAUUUUUAAUACAUAUUGUGUGUCAUUAAAUUAAAUAUAAUAUAAUUAAACCUAUGUUAUAGACCGCAUAUGACACAGUGGCUGAACUGAUGGCCUGCAGACCCCGCGCUGCGGGGGAGAACAUAUAGUAAAUUUGGGGCCUUUGGUUAUAGGGUUAUAUUUGGUUUAACAAUAUUUUUGGGGCCCAUUUUUUAUUUUUGUGAGGGAGCCCAAAUUUUUUUGCUAUGCCACUGAUAUGACGUAUAAAAUCAUGUGUGGUAGACGGUAAGUGUGCGGUAGACCGCAUAUGACAUGUAGAAACGUGAGGUAGACCGCAUACGACAAGAAUAC